CAGCAGCAGUAAAGCAAUCUUUAGUUUCCCGUCCACUCCUGUUAUAAAAAUAAACAAAGACAACCUUAACUUCAUCAUCAAGAUAAAUCCUUCCCUUUAAUCUAAGACAACGAAAUGCCACCUCCAGUACUCCAAAACCCCAUUCACACUCUCCUAAAACCCCUCCUCCUCCUCCUCCUCAUCUUCCCCACCACCACCACCUCCCUCACUUCUUCCACCGCCACACCACCACCUCUCUCCACCACCCUAUCCCAAUGGCAAUCCGCACGCGCUACUUACUACGCAGCAUCCGAUCCCCGGGACACAGUAGGAGGUGGGUGUGGAUAUGGGGACUUAGUUAAAGCAGGAUAUGGAAUGGCAACCGUGGGAUUGAGUGAAUCAAUGUUUGAACGUGGACAGAUCUGUGGCGCGUGUUUUGAACUUAAAUGUGUUGAUGAUUUGAGGUGGUGUAUUCCUGGGACUUCUAUUAUUGUUUCUGUCACUAAUUUUUGCGCUCCAAAUUAUGGCUUCACUUCUGAUGGUGGUGGAAAAUGUAAUCCUCCUAAUAAGCAUUUUGUGCUGCCUAUUGAAGCUUUUGAAAAGAUUGCCAUUUGGAGGGCUGCUAAUAUGCCUGUUCAGUAUAGAAGGAUUAAAUGCAGAAAGGAAGGAGGGAUUCGGUUUACUAUCUCUGGGUCCGGUAUUUUCCUUUCGGUGCUGAUCAGCAAUGUUGCAGGUGCUGGAGAUGUCACUGCAGUGAAGAUUAAAGGUUCAAGAACAGGCUGGCUUGAUAUGGGCAGGAAUUGGGGCCAGAACUGGCAUGUUAAUGCUAAUUUACAGAAUCAAGCUCUCUCAUUUGAGGUCACUAGUAGUGAUAGGAUGACUGUAAUAUCUUACAAUGUUGCUCCCAAAGAUUGGAGAUUUGGACAGGCCUUUGAAGGCAAGCAAUUUGAGACUUAAAUGUACUAGCAAGAAGAUAAGAUGAUAAAUAGAUGAGACCAUUCUUUUCUUUUUCUUUCUUGUUUUGCUCUCCCGACAUGGGUGGAAGGCUUAUGGAGUGGUGGGUUUUGUCAGUUCUGGUGAAGAUGUAUGUAUCUAUGGUUUUAUCUACGAUCCAACGGACUUAGUUUGAGAAGAUAGUAAAUUGAUAAAUGAUCAAGCCUGUUGCUUUCUACUA